UUCUUAGCCAGGCAGAAAAAGAUGGUCCCAUCAUGGAGGUGUAUAAGACACCCCGGUUGUCUGCCUUGUCAUCCACACCCGUUGUUCUGUGCUUCCACAGCCUGCUUCACAUCUCAGCAUCACCAUUCCCAAGUAUAUACCGAAUACUUGGUCCCCACUCCCAAUACAAGUCACCGUCCGCCCAUCCCUAUAUCUGGCUCGCACCCCCAUCCUUCUCAUAAGGCAAAGCCCCUUGACUGCGUCUAACAACCCAAUCGGACCCCCGGCGCAAUCUUACUCGGCACCUCUCCCCGCCUAGUUCUCGCUCCUCUCCAACAACAAGGUCCAUCGCAGGUCAUCGUGUCCAUCUUCAGCCUUACGAAUUCGUAUAUAAUCCAACAUCAGCCAACACCUCCCAUCCCCAUUCACCCAAAAAGAUUCUCCAGCAUGGCCCUCACUCCGCCCUCUCUGACCAGGUCACCUUCAACCCCCUCGCACAGUUACUGUCCUUCCGAAAGGUCAUCAGUUGGUUAUCCCUCGCCCGGCCUGGUGGAACAGCAAUACAAAAUCUCGUCCAUCUAUGGUGACCAGUCCUGUUCCGUAACUUCGUCUAUGGACCCGGGGUCAUCACUACCACCGCUUGAAUCAAUGGGUCAGCCCGACUGGAACAGCACCGUCAUUCUCCCUGCCUCCUCCGCCACCGGUAUGCCUAGUGUCCUUGCCGCAGCGUAUGAGUCGUAUGGGAGCUAUCCUUAUAGCCACGAUGUUUAUCACUCGCACCACAGCGGCCAUCCUCUUUCAACAUCUACGCCGCCGCCUUCCGGCCCGUCAUCCCGAUCUCCAAUUCCACCUGCAUCAAGGACGUCACAUCCCUACCUUUCAAACGCAUCGAUGGGUGGAUCUCUAACACCGCGGGUCAAGAUGGAGACAGAGUACGGGUCAAGCAUGGAAGUCUCUCAAUACCCAUCGCCUCGUUCGAUGCACACUUCCUACCCUUCAGACAGCGGCGCCUACACACACAAUACUGCUGGUUAUCUCUCAGACGGAGGAUCAUCAGGAUGGCAAAAGUCAGACUACCCGCCUCUCGAGACCGAAUUUUACCCAGGCCCUGGAGCCGCGCAAACAUCAGCUUUCCUCCAAAACGGACAACGAUCCUACCGAGUUCCCCGUCCCAAGAGACAACAGCGGCGCUUGACGACGAAAGAGGAAGCCAACUUUCAGUGCGAGGUCAAGGGGUGUGGGAAACUAUUCAGCCGAAGCUACAAUUACAAGGCGCACCUGGAGACACACGAGCCAAACCGGGAUUAUCCCUUCCCCUGCCAGGAAGCCGGUUGCACCAAGAAGUUUGUUCGCAAAACCGAUCUCCAGAGACAUCAUCAGAGUGUGCAUUUAAAGGAGCGCAGCCACAAGUGCGAUUACUGCGGCCGUCUGUUUGCCAGGAAAGAUACUCUGCGAAGGCACAUGGAAGAUGGUUGCUCCAAACGCUUCGACAUCGGCACCAUGGAUCUCCGACCAGAGACCUACGACAGCUUCGCACGACCUUCUUCCUCUGGCCCCAUGAGUCAGCACUACACCCUCUCGUCAUCGACCAACAACAUCGAUAGCCUUCCACCCAUGGCUAUCCCAUCCCUAGGCAGCAGUGGCAUCCUCUCGUCGCUGUCGUCUUCUAUGAGGGCUGGUGGUGGCCAGGGUCAUUCUUGGGGGAGGUGAGCUGACGUGAUUACCUCACCCCAAGUCCAUAUACAUUACGCUUGUACGAUAAAAUGAUGAAAGACGUUUCAUAUUUCCACUUCUCGUUUCCACACUUUUAGGUUACUAUUCUGGAGAUACCAAAAGGGGGAACUAUCAGGGAGAGCGGUUGUGACACUUAUCGCUCGCUUGUACGAUUAAUGUACUACUUUCUUUUCUACUGUGUUCGAUUUUUGGUCAUCAUUAGCGGGAAGUUGGGAUUUGUGUCUGCCUGAUGGUUCUUUACUUUUGUUUCUUUUUUUAUGCAACCGUUCAUAAACAGAGUAUGGCCGGUCGUAUAUGGACCUGGCGGUUUCCUUUUUUUUUCUUGUUCUUUUUUUCUUUUUUUUCUUUUCUUUUUUUUUUUUUCGGUAGGGUUUUAGUUCAAGGAGGUCGGUUGGUCGGUCGGUUGGCAUAGAAACAUUACACGGGUUAUAGCGCGCGGGCGGCAGAGUCCUUUUUAUUGAUGUUUAGCACGCACCUUGCGAUAACAAAGCUCAUCUUUUUUCUUCUUGUCACUCUUUCUUCUUCAUUUAUUGUUCAUUAGCGCGUUUCUGUUCAACGGGGUAAAAGACUCCUCUGCUUAUUCAUCUAUUCACCAUGUCUGAACGAACAGACGCACACUAUACAUACACUCUCCA